GACAUUGAUUACAUCAUUUCUUUUACUGAGCCUAUCUAUGAGAUGAUCAGGAGAGCAGACACUGAUAGACCUUCUCUUCAUUUGGUGUAUGAAUGGUGGGAUAGUAUGAUUGAGCAAGUGAAGAAAGCUAUCUAUAGGAAAGAAAGGAAGCAACCUCAUCAAGAGUCUCCAUUUUGGGAUGCGGUGUAUAAGGUUCUAAUGGCUCGUUGGUCCAAGAGCAAUACUUCUCUCAAUUGCUUGGCACAUUCAUUGAAUCCGAAGUAUUAUAGUUCGGAAUGGCUUAGUGAAGAUACUAAUCGUGUUGCUCCCCACAAAGAUUUAGAGAUUACAAGGGAGAGGAAAAAUUGUAUCCUUAGAUACUUUGCCAAUGAAGAUGAUCGAAGGAAAGUUAACAUAGAAUUUGCCAAUUUUUCUAUGUGCAUGCAAGAGUUUGGAAGUGGAGAUGCUAUGAAGGAUAGGUUUAUUAUGCAGCCUAUAACAUGGUGGGCUGUCCAUGGAGCUUCGGCACCAUCUCUCCAAGCCAUAGCCUUCAAGGUUCUAGGUCAACCUUGUUCUUCUUCAUGUUGUGAAAGAAAUUGGAGUACUUACAAUUUCAUUCACUCUGUGAGGAGGAACAAGAUAACACCACAAAGAGCGGAAGAUUUGGUGUUUGUGCAUACCAAUCUUCGCAUUUUAGCUAGAAGAAGCCCAAGUUAUAAUGAGAGUGCAACUCAAAUGUGGGAUGUUGGAGGUGAUGAGUUUGAUUCUUUGGAAGAGACUAAUGUUGGAAGGCUUGAGAUUGCUAACCUUUCACUUGAUGAACCACAAUUAGAGGGGGUUUUGUUUGAAGAUGAAGACCUUGAGGAUGUUGUCCAAGUUGAAUGAAGUUGAUGGUUGUUGACUUGUUAUUAGUGGUGUUAACCUUUUAUUUCAAC